UAUCCAGUUUCAUUAUGAUGGUUUGCUCCUUCCUUCAUCACUCUUGGAGCUGGUAAAGAAAAGCACAGUAAUGGCGUCAGUUCCAUCUCGUCACUAUUUCUCACUUAUGCAACCAGUUUCUUCAAAUGCUCCUUCUACUAAUAAAGUCUUCAAUAUUCCUCUCGGCCGGUUUCCUUCACUUCCGACCAGUCAUUGUUGUUCUUCUCGGUUCAGAUGUUCUGCUACUGGUCAGACUGGAUUCCUCACCCGACUGGGCCGUUUGAUCAAGGAGAAGGCAAAAAGCGACGUUGAUAAGCUCUUUUCUGGCUUCACAAAGACUCGGGACAACUUGGCAGUGAUCGAUGAGCUCCUACUUUACUGGAACCUCUCUGACACCGAUCGCGUCCUUGAUGAAUUAGAAGAGGCGUUGCUAGUAGCUGAUUUUGGACCGAAGAUUACUAUUAAGAUUGUGGAGAGUUUGCGAGAUGAUAUUUAUGCUGGGAAGCUUAAAUCAGGUACCGAAAUCAAGACUGCUUUGAAAAGGAGUGUGCUGGACUUGUUGACUAAGAAAUCAAUGAAAACAGAGCUUCAACUUGGUUUCAGGAAGCCAGCCGUGAUCAUGAUUGUAGGCGUUAAUGGAGGUGGGAAGACAACAUCUCUUGGAAAGCUGGCAAAUAGGUUAAAGAAGGAAGGGGCCAAGAUAUUGCUUGCAGCAGGUGAUACAUUUAGGGCAGCUGCCAGUGAUCAACUGGAGAUUUGGGCUGAGAGGACAGAGUGUGAGAUUGUUGUGGCUGAAAAGGAAAACGCCAAAGCAGCAACGGUUAUUACACAGGCUGUGAAAAGAGGCAAAGAACAAGGAUUUGAUGUUGUCUUGUGUGAUACAUCUGGGCGUUUACACACUAACUACAGCCUGAUGGAAGAAUUGAUUGCUUGCAAAAAAGCUAUUGGUAAAAUUGUUUCUGGUGCACCGAAUGAGAUCCUUUUGGUGCUAGAUGGAACAACUGGGUUGAAUAUGCUUCCACAAGCAAGGGAGUUCAAUGAUGUAGUUGGAAUAACUGGUUUGGUUUUGACAAAGCUUGAUGGUAGUGCCAGAGGAGGUUGUGUGGUCAGUGUGGUUGAUGAGCUUGGAAUUCCUGUAAAAUUUGUUGGUGUGGGUGAAGGCAUAGAAGACCUACAGCCCUUUGAUGCUGAAGCAUUUGUUGAUGUUGUAUUUUCAUGAGUACUAAGAUCUUAACUAUUCUCUGAAACAAUGUUGAUUUGCUAGUUGAUAGCUCACCUUUUGAGGCCUAUAGAAGUGAUAUGAUGAUUCUCUUCAGAGGCACAACAACAAUCCUGUAAAGUAUCGAAUGCAAAUAGCAGCUAUUACAAAUAUACUGCAUUGCAAUUUGUAAGCAAUCUGCUAAUAUUGAAGGUUAUAAUCUAAAUCUUUCAGGAAAACCGCAAAUUUGUUGUAAUUGUAUGUAUUCAUUCAUUUACGUACUUUAAAGUUUCUUGAGUGUUAGUUUUAAUGGAUUGGGAACUUGUUUCUCUA